AUGUGGAAAGUUCUUUGGCCAGCUGAGGCUGAGGUUGGUGCCGAUGCAGCAGAAAAGGCAGAGCUCGAGGCAGUCACGUGCAAAGACAUGAGAUUGCUGGUUGAGCAGGAGUUCCAGAAGUUCCGCGUCGUGCUGAUGAAUGACCUUCAGCAUUUGUUGUGUGACCUCAAGGUUCCACUUGGAAGCUGCGAGUCACCGACUCGAUGCGACGAGGAAAGCUUCUGCAAUCUCAGGGAAGGUUCCCCGAACGGCUCCCCGGAAGCACGCAAGAAGCGGCGCAGGAAGAAGGUGUUGAAGGUGGUGAAAGUGCAGACGGUGCAGCACCACCACCUGGAUAAUGAUGCAGACACCGUGCCAAGCUCUGCAGUGGCUCGAGAUAGACCCUCAGCACGCGAGGCCAAGCCGGACAUCACCCAAUCUGCCACUUCCCUGGAAGACGAGUACGAAGCGGACUGGGCGAAGCUCGGGGAUGAGACCGUCGCUGAGGCUUUGAUGUCCAUGAGCGUGGCGGAUGCCCCAUCACAGGGCCCGAGUGACGAUUGCCAUCCAAUGGCUCCCACGCUUGAGCUUCCCACCGCCAAAGCAGAGACAGCUGGCAAGCUCGUGCUGGAGACGUGUGUGUUGGAUAAGGAGGUCAAGAAACGGCUCGAAUGUGAGAAAUGUCUGCCAUGCGCCGAGAACUUCGUGGAGAUUUGUACAUACCUUCCGAUCGGUGACCUGCUAUCACUUCGCGUUGCGUCCAGGAACAUCAUCCCAACUCAGGCUUAUGUGGCUCACAUGAUGCUGCGGCUAUCCUUGUUGGACCCAUCGAAGAGCCCGGUGUCAAACGUGGGCUAUAUGCUGGCCUUGACGGACGACCAGAAGAGGAUGCUGAAAGCAUUCAAAAAAGAGUUCGAACAUCGUCGAAAGAGCCUCCUUGCUUUGGUGAUGCUGAGCCGCUUUUUCUUCACUGACUCUCCGAUGCAGCUCCUGCAGCUCCUGCUGAGCAUCCUCCGGUGCUUGUCCCCACAAGGCUCUGAACAUGAGGAAACGCGCGCAAUGAGGGAGGCUGGUGCUCUGCAUCUGCUGAAAAUCCUUGGAAAAAGCCUCGACAUCGAUCCGGAUACUGUCCUGAAGAUGCGGGACUUGGGCAAUCCACACUAG